AUGCCAUUAUCCUGGGAGAAGCGCCUGAGGAUCGCCACCGAGAUCGCGGGCACGCUCACGUACCUGCACUUUUCGGCUUCCGUGUCGGUCCUCCAUAGAGAUGUCAAGUCCAUGAACGUGCUCCUAAACGACAGCUACACCGCAAAGGUCUCGGAUUUUGGCGCAUCGAGGCUGAUCCCCAUCGAUCAAACGCACCUGGUCACCGCCGUUCAGGGUACGUUUGGGUACCUGGAUCCGGAGUAUUACUACACGGGACAACUCAACGACAAGAGCGAUGUUUACAGUUUUGGAGUGAUACUUGUUGAGCUGCUGACGAGGAGGAAGCCCAUCAUCCAGAAUGAGCAUGGCGAGAAGCAGAACUUGUCAAACUACUUCUUGUGCGCCAUGAGGGAGAGGCUCCUCGAGGAAACGGUGGACGCGCAGAUCCUGGGGGGUGGAAGAGAUGAAGGGGUUCUGUGCAUGGCUAAGUUGGCAGAGGAGUGCCUCAGGCUGACUCGAGAGGAGAGGCCAACCAUGAAAGAUGUGGAGAUGAGGCUGCAGCUCCUCACAGGAUGCCGUGUUGCACUGAGGGUGAGGCAAGAAGAAGAGGCACCACCUGCGGGAGAUGACGGGCAUGGAGGGGUCAAUCUGAUAGUCGGUCAGCAUGGCUCACGUCAGUUCAGCCAAGAACAUGAGUUCGUCUCAUCUCUGCGUGUACCGCGGUAG